GGCAGUCCGUCUGUUAGCAGCGCUACUAGGAAGGAGAAACCAGGAAAAACUGGCAAAACACAAUAUAGCAGUAAGCGAGACACUGAACCUGAAGGACAUCAGAGUAAAAACUAGAAGAAAAGGAGAAGACACUCAACAAGAAAGGAGGAGAUAAACUGGAUGAAUUAUAGGACUGACAUCAUCAGAGAAGAUGGAGUCUUGGUUCUGCUGGAUUCACCUUGUGAUCCUGUUCAGAACCAUCUGGGCCUCAUCGACACAAUACACCAUCCAUCAAGCACAGGUCAGCUUCGACCGGGCAGCUGAGGACUGUUACCCCGGCGUCCUCACCACCAUCGCUACCGAGCUGGAGGUGGCAGACAUCCUCGGGCUCAUCUCCCAGUCGACGUCCCCUAAUCAGAAGGAAUUCACCUUCUGGAUCGGGCUGAGAAAGGUCAAGAACCAGUGUGUCGUUCCCACGCUGCCACUUAGAGGAUUCAAGUGGACAGAGGACGGCAGCGAGGACUCGCAGGUGAGCCGCUGGACCGAGGAACCCAAGUACACCUGCACGUCGGUUCGCUGUGCAGCACUAAAGGGGGAGUGGGACGGAUCGAAGGUGACUAGGUGGGGUCUGAUCCCUGUCACCUGUAAGAACAGUUACCAGUUCAUAUGUAAAAUGAGAGACAUAGCUGCACCAGAACCACCAACACCAGCUGCACCAGAACCACCUAAACCAACUGCACCAGAACCACCAAAGCCAGCUAAACCAGAACCUAUACCUGCAACACAAAAAACAGAACCAGCUAAUCCUGAACCUGGACUUCCUUUCCCAGGACUAAAACCAGAAACUGACCUGAAGCCUGAAAAUGGACCUGAACUGAAGGGACCUGAUCCUAAUCCUGGUUCGGAUUCCUGUCAGCACCCCGUCAUCAUCAGUGCUCGCUCCAUUAGUUUUCACAACAGCAGCAGGAUCCAGGUGGAGUGCUGGUCCAGAGACCAGGUGGAGCUUCGCUGCUCGGGCCAUCCUGCUGUGUGGCGGCUGCUGGACAACUCCCCCGCCAGCUUCACCACCGUCUGCCUGCCAUGUGGGAACGGCUUCCGAAAAGAUAUUUCUGGAAACUGUGUGGACGUCGACGAGUGUGGUGGCAGCAGCCUGCCCUGCAGGCACAUCUGCCUGAACAUGGAGGGCUCCUACAGGUGCUUCUGCUCCGAUGAAAAUGGGAAACACCACAAUGAGGACUCGCCGGCAUGCGCAGAUAAGACGACAAGCGUUAUCCUGAUCCCGGUACUGGCCGCUGUGGCGGCGCUGGUAGUGCUGCUGCUAUUCGUCGCAGUGACGGUGAAAUGUUGCCUGAUGAGGCAAUCGAAGAAACCAGCCAGAAAAGAGGCCGAGAAAAUGGCGAUGAAGAGCAAUGAUGGCAGGGAUUCCUUCGAAACAGCCAAUGAGAAAGCACCAUGAGAAAAGAGAGCUGUGAUUGGUCGUGUCUGGCAGUGACAUCAUCAGUGUCUCAAAAAUGACACGAAAUUUCCAGAAAGCUUGAAAAAGUAAAUUCUUUAAUUUUUUAUAUUUCUUUAUUUUUUCCACAAAGUUAAAAUGUGGUUUUCUGUUGCAGGGGUUCUUGUUAGGUAACACAAACUUUCCUGGAUACAGGGAGACUUCUUAUUAUAUUUUCUGAGUUAAGGUUUGGGGUGUAGCUGAGGACUCAGGACUUCUUGGAAAGAACAAAAGAAAACAUUCAGAAACCUCUGACUUUAUUUUUUAGACAAUUAAAGUAAUUAUCGAUUAUUUCAAGAGAAUAUGAAACAGGACAUUAAAUAAAUGUUAUCAACAAAAUAAUUGAUUAAAAGCCAAAAGUCUUUUUUUGAAAAUACCCAGUGUCAAUUAAUUUGUAUAUGUUUUGGACACAAACCUCUGUGAAUAAGUUUAAAUUGAGGGUAAUGAUUGAAAUCUGCUGUAUUUCUUAUUCUGUAUAUGAUUGUUAUGCCAGAAAAUUACUUUAACUUUAUUAAAAUUUGGAAAGUUGUUUUGCCA